CGUUUUGUUACCACAUCAACAAGUCCGUACCGGCAAAGUCGAGCUUAUCCCCCCCGAAAUGCCUUGGAAACGAGCUACAACCGGUUAUGCCCCAUCAACCGUACAAUGUCCCCCAGUCCUGCCCACAAUAAGAGCUGCAACCACACUUUCUGUCAACGAGACAUCUUGGUUAAAAGUGAGGCAACCAAACACGGUCUGGGCACUGCGAGACUUCCUAAGCCGUGCCAACAUAACUGAAUUGGAUACUAACGCCUAUAUCGGCAACGGUACCGAUGAAAAUGUGAUGCCAAAUAUUGGCAUCGCCAUAUCAGGGGGAGGGUAUAGAGCCAUGUUGAAUGGCGCUGGUGCUAUCGCAGCAUUCGACAAUCGAACGACGAAUUCCACCGGUCAAGGCAAGUUAGGGGGAAUUCUUCAAGCCUCCACAUAUAUAAGCGGUUUGUCUGGCGGAAGCUGGCUAGUUGGAAGCAUCUACGCACAGAACUUUCCUUCUGUGCAAGAGAUAAUGAUGGGAGCUCCCAAUGAUUUCGGUACAUUGUGGCAAUUUAACGACUCUGUUCUAAAAGGCCCUGCCGAGUUGUCCGUCACUCAGUACUAUAACAAUAUCUUUGACGACGUGAAUGGAAAAGAAGCGGCAGGAUUCAAUACGACGAUCACAGAUUAUUGGGGGCGUGGUUUAUCCUAUCAAUUUAUCAAUGCAAGUGAUGGUGGUCCAAGUGAAACCUUCUCCUCUAUCGCCAAUGACCCAGGAUUCCUAGCUGCGAACACUCCAAUGCCAAUCAUCAUCGCUGACGAAAGAGCUCCAGGCCAACUAAUGAUCCCGAGCAAUGCUACGAUAUUUGAGUUCAAUCCAUGGGAAAUGGGAAGUUACGAUCCUACGACUCAAGCAUUUGCACCUCUCAAAUUCAUUGGCUCAAAUUUCAGUGGAGGUACACUCUUAGACCGCAAAACAUGCAUCACAGGCUUCGAUAAUACUGGUUUUGUCAUUGGAACGUCAUCGUCACUUUUUAACACGUUUUACCUCCAAAUCAACAAUACGGAUGCCCCUCAACGAGUAAAAGACUCAAUUAGCCAGAUUCUCUUGAAAGUUAGUCAAGAAAACAGUGACAUCUCCGACUGGCCAAAUCCGUUUUACGGUUUUCACAACGAGACGAACGGAAACGCUGCAAGCAAAACUUUAUCUCUCGUGGAUGGCGGAGAAGAUCUUCAGAACAUACCAUUUCACCCUCUCAUUCAACCUUUACGCCACGUCGAUGUUAUAUUCGCAAUUGAUGGUUCAGCUGAUACAUCCGCCCCUGGCGCGAAUUGGCCAAACGGCACGGCCGUUGUUGCAACGUACCGUCGAUCCUUAUUUGAUUCGAGCGAUAUUGGAUUUCCUUCAGUUCCAGAUCAAAACACGUUUAUCAACUUGGGUUUGAACACCCGUCCAACGUUCUUUGGAUGCAAUGCUUCGAAUUUAACGGAACCUAGUCCUUUGAUAGUCUACCUUCCAAACGCACCAUACAGCUACAGCUCGAAUGUGUCGACGUUUGAUCUCAGCUACAACGAUUCGGAACGCAAUUCAAUCAUCCAAAACGGUUACAACGUUGCCACAAUGGGUAACAGCACGCUUGAUCUUCAGUGGCCUACUUGUGUAGGCUGCGCGAUCCUGUCGAGAAGUUUCAAUCGAACUAGGACGGCCAUUCCCGGAGUCUGUACUCAAUGCUUCAACAGGUACUGUUGGAAUGGUACCGUAAACUCGACUGCCCCGGCUCCAUACCAACCAACAAACCUUAUUAAGUCGAGUGGGGGUGCGAGUCUCCUGAACCCGGUCUCAUUUGCAAUAGCCAUGGUAUUAGCGGCGUGGGUAAUUUUGUUCACGUAAUUAACUUCUCAAAAAUUACCGUUUCCGAUUCUACGUCCUUUCGCACUUGUGUCUCCU